GUGCUCCAGUCCUGUGGCAGUCCAGAGCUGCCCCGCUCCGUGGUCUCCCCUCACCUGUCCAGAGAUGCAGUAGACUUCCUGAGAGGUCACCUGUCGCCUAAAGAGAUGACCAUCUUUGACCUUCUGGGAGACGGGUGGACACGACCCAGGUGUGUGUGUGUGUGUGUGUGUGUGUGGUUGCAAGUGUUCUGUACCCAUGUGUUUUUGUUGUUUUAAAUAUUAGAUGUAUGAUGCUUGCGUUUCUUUUUGUCGAGCAAAACAUUUUAUGGAAGGUACUAUGCUGCGUACAGACCUCCUCCCGCCACACCGUCGGUCACGAGUCGUGAUGGCAGUCAAAUUCCACGUGACCGUUUAGUCACGGUAAUUAGGCUUCUCCAAGCUCUGAUGCUGCUGAUGGUCAUUAGUAGCCUACCAAACUUGCUAACUGCCUGGUACUCAGCACUCUAUUGUCCCUCUAAUCACUCUGACAUCAAUGCAAAUGUAAUCGAAAAUCUAAUCAAACACUUCAUGAGAGCCCAUGAGCUCAUGUUGCCCAGCAUUUCUAUAGGCUGCGCAAUUGCGUGAGAAAACAGAGUGAUGGCCUCUAUUAAAAAGAGGAGGAUCCCAUCAGCUUUCUAUAGGCUAGGCCUACUAUAUUUAUUUCUCAACUUUCCUAAUAUUAAGCACAUUGCUUCUCUUUACAACAGGAGUAUAGCCUACCUGGCUGGCAUGAAAAUAAACCACAGGAAAAGCAUCCUCCAUUCUCUAUUUAAGUGCAUAGAUUAAAUAUAUUUUUCCCCACUGCCCCUGUUCCGAAACAGGUGCAUGAUAAUGGUCCAUUCUAAAUAAAAACACAUUCCACACAUAUUAUUUAGUAAAGGCAAGAUUAAAUCAAGAAUAGUCUGAUGGGUGACAAUAUUAGCCUGUCACUUAUGAAUGAUAUAUUAUCACUUUUGCGACUUUUUCUAAUCAUAGUCGCACACCUCAUGUAGCCUUGUCCAUAGGCCUGUAUGUUUUGAUAAGGUUUGUAUCACAACUAAAGUGUCCAAAUAACUUCUUAAAAUUAAGCCUGCUGUUAAGCUGUUCAGCCUGCUGUUAAGCUGUUCAGCCUGCUGUUAAACGUUUCAGCCUGCUGUCAAACUGUUCAGCCUGCUGUUAAACGUUUCAGCCUGCUGUUAAACUGUUCAGCCUGCUGUUAAGCUGUUCAGCCUGCUGUUAAACUGUUCAGCCUGCUGUUAAGCUGUUCAGCCUGCUGUAAAACGUUUCAGCCUGCUGUUAAACUGUUCAGCCUGCUGUUAAGCUGUUCAGCCUGCUGUUAAACUGUUCAGCCUGCUGUUAAGCUGUUCAGCCUGCUGAUAAACUGUUCAGCCUGCUGUUAAGAUGUUCAGCCUGCUGAUAAACUGUUCAGCCUGCUGUUAAGAUGUUCAGCCUGCUGAUAAACUGUUCAGCCUGCUUUUAAGCUGUUCAGCCUGCUGGUAAACUGUUCAGCCUGCUGUUAAGAUGUUCAGCCUGCUGAUAAACUGUUCAGCCUGCUGUUAAGAUGUUCAGCCUGCUUUUAAGCUGUUCAGCCUGCUGGUAAACUGUUCAGCCUGCUGUUAAGCUGUUCAGCCUGCUUUUAAGCUGUUCAGCGUGCUGGUAAACUGUUCAGCCUGCUGUUAAGAUGUUCAGCCUGCUGAUAAACUGUUCAGCCUGCUGUUAAGAUGUUCAGCCUGCUUUUAAGCUGUUCAGCCUGCUGGUAAACUGUUCAGCCUGCUGUUAAGCUGUUCAGCCUGCUUUUAAGCUGUUCAGCCUGCUGGUAAACUGUUCAGCCUGCUGAUAAACUGUUCAGCCUGCUGUUCUAAUACUUUAUAAGUGAUUAUUGACUUGUUCUCUCUGUAUCAGCAUUAACCCCCUGCCCCCUGCCCCCUGCCCCCUGCCCCCUGCCCCCUGCCCCUGCCCCCUGCCCCCUGCCCCCUGCCCCCCUGCCCCCUGCCCCCUGCCCCUGCCCCUGCCCCCUGCCCCCUGCCCCCCUGCCCCCUGCCCCCUGCCCCCUGCCCCCUGCCCCCCUGCCCCCUGCCCCCUGCCCCUGCCCCCUGCCCCCUGCCCCUGCCCCCUGCCCCCUGCCCCUGCCCCCUGCCCCCUGCCCCUGCCCCUGCCCCUGCCCCCUGCCCCCUGCCCCCUGCCCCUGCCCCCUGCCCCUGCCCCCCUGCCCCCUGCAGAGCGGACUGGCCGCAGGACCAGUGUGCUCCACCUUACUUCCCUACAUUCAGGAACGGGUGGGAGCCCCCAGCUGAGCUGUUCAGGACCUCCCCGUGGGAGGCAGAGGGAUCAGGGGAACCUCUCCUGUCCCCCACAUCCAACCUCAUGUCCCCCUACAACUCAGACGAGGUGUGUACACACACACACACACACACACACACACACACACACACACACACGUUUUAUACUCAUACAUUUCUAGACUGCUGUCCAUUUGAUUAAUUAUAGUAGACUUCUCCCAGCCAUCCAUUGUUAGUUCGUCAUUUGUUUGUUUACAUUUCUUCAGUGACGCAGAUUUCAAAUACUUUCUGAGUUAUUUAAUAGAGUUCAGUGUGUUACACUAGUCAGACACAUACUAGUCCAUAACAUCACUUUACAAUGAUAAUAACAUCUCUCCCUUUCAGAUGUCUGGAACCCAGUCUUUAAGCUCAUCAAAUGGGUAAGUGGAUAGUACUACUACUGUUAUCAUUACUAAACAAAACGUUUCUCAAAUUGUUGUUAUUUCUUGAGCUGCUAUAAAACUCGUACGCUGUUGUAGUAUUAAUACAGACCAUGUAGCAGACGUGUAGCUAAAUCUGGGGCAAUAUUUGUUGUGCAUGGCCCGUUAGAAAUAACUCAUACCUCCUGUCCAAGGUCCUACAAUGUGCUGACCUCCUCGUCCCGUAAAUAUGCCAAGAUCCGCUACCACUUUGUGGCCCGCAACGCCAACGAACUGUCAGUACUGCAGGAGGAGGUGCUAGAGGUACGCCAUCUAUAUUAUAAUACUGUCAGUACUGCAGGAGGAGGUGCUAGAGGUACGCCAUCUAUAUUAUAAUACUGUCAGUACUGCAGGAGGAGGUGCUAGAGGUACGCCAUCUAUAUUAUAAUACUGUCAGUACUGCAGGAGGAGGUGCUAGAGGUACGCCAUAAUACUGUCAGUACUGCAGGAGGAGGUGCUAGAGGUACGCCAUCUAUAUUAUAAUACUGUCAGCCAUCUGUAGCACGGGCAAAAACAUGUUUUCCCAAUACCUACUGUAAAUUCUGGUGCUGGAUCUUUGAUGUUAUAGUGCUAUUUUGCUUCCUGUGUCCCUUGUUGACACUAGAACCGCUCUAGGUCACUGACGUUGAGUUAUCUGAAUGAUGAGGAAGAGGGUGAAGAGGAUGAUUCAAUUUAGAACAGUAGUAGAACUGUAGUGAGAGAGCAGGACAUCAGUCAAAGAGACAAAUCUGUUGCUCAUGCGCACGGAAAAGGAACCAGUCUGUGAGACAUGUCUAUGGAUGAACUCAAAGCAUUUAUUGCACACUUGUAUGUCUGCGGGGCAAACGGCGGAAAGAGCAUGGAUCUGGAGUCGUUAUGGUAGCCUGGCCAGCAGCACGUCCAGCAGCACGUCCUGAUCCCCCUCCCCCCAGGCACCGCAGCUCCAACUCGGGCGAAAAAGAAGACAGGUGCACACGAAACAAGGACCAUGAAAACUGUUUGCAGUGCAACCGAUUUGUUUGUGGAACUUCUUGAAAAUAGGGGUGUCAAUAAUUUUGACCCCUACCUUUUUGAGAAAUGACUUGUUAAACAAAAUUUCUUUCUCUGAGCAAUUGUUGUAUUAUAAAAUAAUAUAAUUUGCCCUUUUUUUUUUGUAAACAAUAUAGCUCAGUAUGUUAAUGUUUUAUUUGAUAGUCAUUGACCCCUAGGCCCUUUAUGGAGUGGCUGCUAGCUGAUGUGUUUGAUAGUGAUCACUUUCUGCCACUAUUUUGGGCAAAGUGAGAAUUGAGACGAUGUGCACUUGCAUCCCAACUGACAUUGUUACGAUGGAUUUGUCUGUGAGUCAUGCCAUGGCCUGAGAUGUCACACAAUGACAUGUCUAGCAUGGGGUUAACAGUAUUUGUCAUAUGGCUAGAGGGAGUUAUUAUGGCAUCCAUUGAAUUGUGAUGCAGAGCUUGGAUAUUACAGUAUGUUAGUUUCAGAUAAAGAAAACAAAAAAAACAUGCUAAAUGGUAUAUUAUUAUUGUUAUGAUCAUUUAGGUCAUUGUGGCCCUGCAGGUGUUAGAGGAUGAUCAACUGGAGUCAAUAAAGGUCAACAAGGGUCAAAGGUCAUGGUUGUGACAUGUCAUUGUGGCCCUGCAGGUGUUAGAGGACAAUAAACAGUGGUGGAAGCUGAGGAACAGGAGUGGCCAGUCAGGAUACGUCCCCUACAACAUACUGGACGUGGUCAAACUGGAAGAACCACACGGCAUGGCUGAACCACUCUAUAGCCAGGUAACAUUAUACACACACACACACAAACACACACACACACACAUUAUACACACAACAUCCGCACUGAGCGAAAUUGUAGAACUGCCGCUUUCAAGGAGCAGGACUCUAACCCGGUCACUUAUAAGAAAUCCCGCUAUGCCCUCCGACGAACCAUCAAACAGGCAAAGAGUCAAUACAGGACUAAGAUUGAAUCGUACUACACCGGCUCCGACGCUCGUCGGAUGUGUCAGGGCUUGAAAACUAUUACAGACUACAAAGGGAAGCAUAGCCGCGAGCUUCCCAGUGACACAAGCCUACCAGACGAGCUAAACCACUUCUAUGCUCGCUUCGAGGCAAGCAACACUGACGCAUGCAUGAGAGCACCAGCUGUUCCGGAUGACUAUGUGAUCACGCUCUCCGUAGCCGAUGUGAGUAAGACCUUUAAACAGGCCAACAUUCACAAGGCCGCAGGGCCAGAUGGAUUACCAGGACGUGUACUCUGAGCAUGCGCUGACCAACUGGCAAGUGUCUUCACUGACAUUUUCAACAUGUCCCUGACUGAGUCUGUAAUACCAACAUGUUUCAAGCAGACCACCAUAGUCCCUGUGCCCAAGAACACUAAGAUAACCUUCCUAAAUGACUACAGACCCGUAGCACUCAUGUCUGUAGCCAUGAAGUGCUUUGAAAGGCUGGUCAUGGCUCACAUCAACACCAUUAUCCCAGAAACCCUAGACCCACUCCAAUUUGCAUACCGCCCCAACAGAUCCACAGAUGAUGCAAUCUCUAUUGCACUCCACACUGCCCUUUCCCACCUAGACAAAAGGAACACCUACAUGAGAAUGCUAUUCAUUGACUACAGCUCAUCGUUCAACACCAUAGUGCCCUCAAAGCUCAUCACUAAGCUAAGGACCCUGGGACUAAACACCUCCCUCUGCAACUGGAUCCUGGACUUCCUGACGGGCCGCCCCAGGUGGUAAGGGUAGGCAACAACACAUCUGCCACGCUGAUCCUCAACAUGGGGGCCCCUCAGGGGUGCGUGCUCAGUCCCCUCCUGUACUCCCUGUUCACCCAUGACUGCAUGGCCAGGCACGACUCCAACACCAUCAUUACGUUUGUCGAUGACACAACAGUGGUAGGCCUGAUCAUCGACAACGAUGAGACAGCCUAUAGGGAGGAGGUCAGAGACCUGGCCGUGUGGUGCCAGGACAACAACCUCUCCCUCAACGUGAUCAAGACAAAGGAGAUGAUUGUGGACUACAGGAAAAAAAAGAGGACCGAGCACGCCACCAUUCUCAUCGACGGGGCUGUAGUGGAGCAGGUUGAGAGCUUCAAGUUCCUUGGUGUGGGUCAUCAGAUCCUCAAAAAGUUAUACAGCUGCACCAUCGAGAGCAUCCUGACUGGUGGCAACUGCUCGGCUUCCGACCGCAAGGCUCUACAGAGGGUAGUGCUUACGGCCCAGUACAUCACUGGGGCCAAACUUCCUGCCAUCCAGGACCUCUAUACCAGGCAGUGUCAGAGGAAGGCCCUAAAAAUUGUCAAAGACUCCAGCCACCCUAAUCAUAGACUGUUCUCUCUGCUACUGCGUCUAGGUCCAAAAGGCUCCUUAACAGCUUCUACCCUCAAGCCAUAAGACUCCUGAACAUAUAAUCAAAUGGCUACCCAGACUAUUUGCAUUGUCCCCCCCCCCCCCCCUCUUUUACGCUGCUGCUACUCUGUUUAUUAUUUAUGCAUAGUCACUUUAACUCUACCCACAUGUACAUAUUACCCCAAUUACCUCGACUAACCGGUGCCCCCCGCACAUUGACUCUGUACCGGUACCCCCUGUAUAUAGCCUCGCUACUGUUAUUUUACUGCUGCUCUUUUAUUAUUUUUAUUAUUUAUUUUUUACUUAUCAAUUUUUACUUAACACUUAUUUUUCUUAGAACUGCAUUGUUGGUUAAGGGCUUGUAAGUAAGCAUUUCACUGUAAGGUACCUGUUGUAUUCGGAUAAUGUGACAAAUAAUAUUUUAUUUUAUUUGACUGUACCACCUACCAAUACAUCCUGUAAACCAUUUGAAUACAUUAUGGAACAUUAUCAAACAUAUUGGAAUGAUGAACCUGUUCUUCGUGACAAUAUCCUUCCAUGUUUGACAUUAUGUAAGUGCUUUUAGCAUCUGGAAAAGCAUUAUAUAUUUGGGCUCCCGAGUGGCGCAGCGGUCUAAGGCACUGCAUCUCAGUGCUUGAGGCGUCACUACAGACCCCCUGGUUCGAUUCCAGGCUGUAUCACAACCGGGCCGUGGUUGGGAGUCCCAUAGGGCGGCGCACAAUUGGCCCAGCGUCGUCCGGGUUUGGCCGGUGUAGGCCGUCAUUGUAAAUAAGAAUUUGUUCUUAACUGACUUGCCUAGUUAAAUGAAAAAAUAUAUAUAUAAAUUCAUUAAUUAUUAACUUUCACAUGUCUUUCUUUUGUCUCUGUGUGUCACCAGCUCUACAGCCCUACCUCUCCCUCCAGCCCUCUAGGUAGAGGGGAGAGCUUUGACAUGGGCCGCUUCAAAGAAUGUGAGUCUCCAUAGCUUUUAUUUACUACUAAACAAUCUAGAUAACUGCUUAUCUUAUCUGAGCUAUCAGAGCUAUCUUAGCUCAAGGCUUUUAUGAGUUUCAUCAUCUUAGCUAAGAGGACCUCAGCACUUAUAGAUGAGCAGGAAUACCUCCUAAACAGGAAUACCUCCUAAACAGGAAUACCUCCUAAACAGGAAUACCUCCUAAACAGGUUCUUGUCUUCUGAAGCGAGAGAGAGAGAUCUCUAGAGGAGUCUCUCAGAUGCUCUAGAUAGCGAGAGCUGGAGAUAGCGCUAUACGCCGAUCUCUCUCGAUGCUCGCUGCGCUAUCUGCUCUCGCUACUCUCUCUCUCCUCUCAUCUUAUCCUCUACUCUCUCUCUCUCUCUCCUCUCUCUCUCUCUCUCUCGUCAUUGACCCUCUGUCUCUCCCUGUUUGUCUUUCUGUCUCUCCCUCCCACCCCCAGCUCGGACACACCAGAUGGAUGAGGUGAAUGAUGAGUUGUUGAAGAGGAUCACUAGUAAUAAGUCUCAGACUCCAGCCCGUAACUUCAGGGUGGAGCGCCCCUCGGGCAGCAGCAGCACUGCUCCUCUCACCUUAGACUCCAGCCCACUGCAGGUCACCGCCUGGCUCAAUGCCAGGGGAUUCUCUAAACCGUGAGUCACCGUGCUUGGCUGUGUGUGAAAAAGACACGAUAUACACAUUUUGGGGGAGGAACAAAUAGUAACUUUGGAGGUGACUAUUUGAAUACAGAUCCCCCAAAAAAGUACAACUUUUUUAACUAUUUGAAUACAGAGCUCAGAAAGUAACUACUUUUUAAAACGAUUUGAUAUAAUAAACUACAAAAUACAACUAUUGCCCAGGUCUGAUGGUUAAUGUAGUCUCUGUACCCUACAGGUGGAGUGUCUGGGUAUAGAGCAUUAUGGGUAAUGUAGUCUCUGUUCCCUACAGGAUGGUGGAGUGUCUGGGUGUAGAGCAUUAUGGGUAAUGUAGUCUCUAUUCCCUACAGGACGGUGGAGUGUCUGGGUAUAGAGCAUUAUGGGUAAUGUAGUCUCUGUUCCCUACAGGAUGGUGGAGUGUCUGGGUGUAGAGCAUUAUGGGUAAUGUAGUCUCUGUUCCCUACAGGACGUUGGAGUGUCUGGGUAUAGAGCAUAUUGGGUAAUGUAGUCUCUGUUCCCUACAGGAUGGUGGAGUGUCUGGGUAUAGAGCAUUAUGGGUAAUGUAGUCUCUGUUCCCUACAGGAUGGUGGAAUGUCUGGGUAUAGAGCAUUAUGGGUAAUGUAGUCUCUGUUCCCUACAGGACGGUGGAGUGUCUGGGUAUAGAGCAUAAUGGGUAAUGUAGUCUCUGUUCCCUACAGGACGGUGGAGUGUCUGGGUAUAGAGCAUUAUGGGUAAUGUAGUCUCUGUUCCCUACAGCACGGUGGAGUGCCUGGGCAUAGAGCAUUAUGGGUAAUGUAGUCUCUGUUCCCUACAGGACAGUGGAGUGCCUGGGUGUAGAGCAUUAUGGGUAAUGUAGUCUCUGUUCCCUACAGGACAGUGGAGUGCCUGGGCAACCUGACCGGUGCUCAGCUCUUCUCUCUGAACAAGGAGGAACUGAAGGCAGUGUGUGGAGACGAGGGCUCCAGGGUCUACAGCCAGACCACCGUGCAGAAAUCCCAGCUGGAGGUCUGUAUCACAGACACGCAGGCACAGACACAGGCACAGACACGUUAAACAGCGUUCUAAGGCAAUUCACUUUAUUCACCCAAGGAAAUAACUGAAUCUGAUGUUGUUAAGACUGAAAUAGUCGUCCAACAGGCUAACAUGUUUAGUGCCUUUAGAUGUUUACAGAUGAACAACUAAACUAAACCCUGUACAUCUAUUUCUAGAAGAGCAGUGGGGAUUCAGAGCUCCAGGAGAUCAUGAGACGACGACAAGAGAAGAUCGAUGCCGGGAAAGACUGA